AUGAAGAAGCUCAGUGUCUCAGCGCUCCUGCUCCUGGCAAUAUUUCUGCCCAGAGCAGCAGCAGAGGAACCUGAAUACAAGACAUCUGACUGGACAAAGACUUUAAGAAACAUCAAGUAUGGAGUCCAGAAGUUACGCACUUAUUACACGUCAUAUAAAUACUCCAAAUACAUCAAACCAGCUCUGGAUUUAAUCUCAGCGUCUAGUGGACUGUGCAGGUAUAAAUGCUCUGAUGGUGUACACAAACUCAAUCCCAGACCUCGUUACAAACCCUCACUGCCUGACGGAUGCAGCGCGCCAGUGUUUGGAUUCUAUUUUGAUAUCAUGAUUCCAUCUAUGACUGAAUGCUGUAAUCAGCAUGACCGCUGCUAUGAUACGUGUGAAAAAGAGAAACAUGACUGUGAUGAUCAGUUCCACACUUGCUUGGGGACCAUCUGUAGGAAUGUACAGACCACACUGGGAGCGGAACAGACUGCACAAGAAUGUGAAUCUGCUGUAACUCUGCUUUUCAAUGCUAUCGUGAAUGUGGGCUGUAGACCCUACCUGGACAGACAAGGAACUGCAUGUAUUUACCACUACGAGGAGAAAGACUUGUGA